CUCAUCUGUCACGUAACAGCCAUCUUUUCGGGCACUUUAAGAGGACGUCAUUCGUUGCUCCCGGAAGGCUGAAGGGGGACCAGAGAUUAAAGAUUGAAGCUGGUGUGCAUGACCAGAACUCUUCUUAAAAAUGAGUGAACCAGAACUGUUGUUGGACUCCAAUAUUCGACUAUGGGUGGUGCUUCCCAUAGUCUUCAUCACCUUCUUUGUGGGGAUGAUUCGUCACUAUGUAUCCAUCCUUCUCCAGAGUGAUAAAAAGCUCACUCAGGAACAAGUGUCUGACAGCCAAGUUCUCAUUCGAAGUAGAGUCCUCAGAGAAAAUGGGAAGUACAUUCCAAAGCAGUCCUUUCUGACACGGAAAUAUUAUUUCAAUAAUCCUGACGAUGGGUUCUUUAAGAAAACUAAAAGAAAGGUAGUGCCUCCUUCCCCAAUGACGGAUCCUACCAUGCUGACAGAUAUGAUGAAGGGGAAUGUAACAAAUGUGUUACCUAUGAUUCUGAUUGGUGGUUGGAUCAACAUGACCUUCUCAGGAUUUGUCACAACAAAAGUCCCCUUUCCGCUGACAUUGCGUUUUAAACCAAUGCUACAACAGGGUAUUGAAUUGCUUACUUUGGAUGCAUCUUGGGUAAGCUCAGCUUCUUGGUAUUUUUUAAAUGUAUUUGGACUGAGAAGCAUUUAUACCCUCAUUCUUGGCCAAGAUAAUGCUGCUGAUCAGUCCAGAGUAAUGCAGGAGCAGAUGACAGGAGCAGCCAUGGCCAUGCCUGCAGAUACUAAUAAAGCAUUCAAGACAGAAUGGGAGGCUCUAGAACUGACAGACCAUCAGUGGGCAUUGGAGGAUGUUGAGGAAGAACUCAUGGCUAAAGAUCUCCGCUUUGAAGGCAUGUUCAAGGAAGAAUUGCAGACAUCCAUGUUCUGAGCAUCUUCAUUUGGCUGGCAUUAAAUCAGUUAUGUUUAA